CAAAUGUUCUUUCUGCUCUAAUCCCACGAUGUUCCGAUGAAACAUCAUCUAUUCUGUACUCUGAUAUUCGUAUUCCUCUGCAAGUUGCUCUGCGCAUAAACACCGAGAUUAAAUGCCCAUAUUCUGUAUUAGCGACGUUGGGAAUUGGGAAAUAUGUGGUAAUAGGGUGGAGUAUGGAUUCGUGGACUUCUUGGUUGCAUGCGCAGACCUCCACGUGUCCUUCCUCCCAGCUCUUAUGUGUCUCCUCUCCCACCCUUUUCGUUUCCUCGGACAUAUGUUCUGCAUCUAUUGUCGUUUGCUCUUUCUAAUACUCCAUUUAAAAAAUACCUCAACCAGCAAAAAUCACUUGGAAAAAGAGAGAGAGAGAGAGAGAUUUGAGAAGGGGAAAAAUAGAUAGAUAGGAAGGAGGGAAAAAAAAAAAAAACUGAUCUUGAUCAGAAUCCGGGUGGGAUUUGACUCAUUACAUGUAAAGCUUGAAUCUUUAUACAAUUUUCAAACAAAUUUAUCGAAUUUCGAUAUUUCCCCUUCUUAAACUUUUAACAAGCCGUUAAUCGGGGCACCCUUUGGUUAGCUGGGGAAGCUCAAGGCUUUGUUUUUUUUUAAAUCGUUUUUUUUUUUUUAUUUGGGUUUUAGGGGUUGUGUAAAGGUGGGGUUUGGAAAUGAAUGCGCAUGGAGGCGAUAAAGAAUCUGUGUUUGAGAUAGCGGUUGUGGUUCCAAAGAAACAUGAAGAUCAGAGGUUUGAGUGUGUUGAGGUUCUUGUUGAUAAGUUCCACAAGGUGGGAUUCCUUGUGGACAGAGUUGUUGGCCUUCAAAAUGAAUAUAUCAAGUUGGCAGCAUCAUUACAUGUUUUGGGACUGGCUGCAGCCGAGUUGCGGAUGAAGAAACGAACUCAUAUUGGAGUGGAUUUGCAAUUUGACUGGGACGAAGUUGAAGCGUUUGCAAAGCAGCCUGAUGGUUCCUUGUUCAGUUGGUACGAGCGUUUCAGCUGCUAUCAUCACUUAAUAUAUAAAAUUGUGAAUGGGAGCAAUUCGGUUAGAACAUUAGAUGCUGGCCCGAAGGAAAUCCACUGGGAGCCAGGGGAAUCACUGCUUAAACGAUUAGAAUCAGAGGGCAUUGUUAAAGAAGUUUUCCCUUUGCAUGAUGAAAUGAAGAGGAAGAAACUUCUAAGAAGUUGGGCACUGAGCUGGUGGGACUUGACAGAGCAGCCCAUUGAUGAUAUCUGUUCAUAUUAUGGAACAAGGAUUGCUACAUAUUUUACGUUUCUUGGGAUGUUCACGAGAUGGCUGUUCUUUCCGGCUGCGUUAGGACUGGCAGUGCAGUUUGUUGACUUCGGAUCCUUGCAGCUGUUUGUUCUUCCCGUGUUCUUCAUAUGCAUAGUCUCAUGGGCAGUAUUAUUUUUCCAGUUCUGGAAACGUAAAAACUCAGCUCUUCUUGUCAGGUGGCAGAUAAAUUAUCCAGUUGGAGGACAUUCCGAGUUUAAAUUUGUGGAGAGGGAAUGGGGUCUGUUUCAGGCCCCGGUGGAACUCAUGAAGCAAUGGGGGGCUGAUACCACAAAAGAAGAAAAAGAAGCGUUCCAACGUGAGGAAUGGUUUGGGCACUUGAUGAGAUUCAGAAAUGACGCCAUGAUUCUCUUCGUCAUUAUCUGUCUUCAGCUGCCUUUUGAGUUGGCUUUCGCCCACCUCUAUGAAGUUUUAACCUCCGAAACAUUGAAGUAUGGUCUGACGGCUGUAUACCUCUUUGUCAUCCAGUAUUUUACCGGGAUCGGUGGCAAAGUAUCUGCCAAGCUUGUAAAAUAUGAGAAUAAUAUGAGCACAGAAUAUAGAGCUGACAGUGUGGUUUACAAGGUCUUUGGUCUUUAUUUCAUGCAGACUUACAUUGGAAUUUUCUAUCAUGCACUUUUGCACCGCAACAUUUUGACCCUUCGCCAAGUUUUGAUUCAACGUUUAAUUUUAUCUGAGGUGCUUGGUAAUCUGGUGGAAAGUUCUUUACCUUAUUUAACCUAUAGUUUUAGGAAAUACAGAGCAGUCAGAAACAAGAGAAAGAGCGAAAGAGGGCGGUCCAAAGGAAAGAUCCAAUACUUCUCCAGGGUAGAGAAGGAAUACCUUAAGCCCGCUUAUUCUGCAAGUAUUGUAGAUGAGCUUGAAGAUGGUCUAUUUGAUGAUUUUCUGGAAUUGGUACUGCAGUUUGGCAUGAUCAUGAUGUUUGCUUGUGCAUUCCCACCCGGUUUUGCCUUUGCUACUUUGAACAAUAUAACCGAGAUCAGAACAGAUGCUCUAAAGCUCUUAACCAUGUUAAGAAGGCCUUUUCCUCGGCCAAAUGCCACAAUCGGUGCUUGGCUGAAUAUAUUUCAGUUUCUGAUUGUCAUGUCCAUUUGUACAAACUGUGUGCUUCUGGUAUGCUUAUACGAUCGGGAUGGAACCUGGAAAAUUUCGCCUGGGCUUGCAGCAAUCCUUAUCAUGGAACAUGUUCUGCUACUGAUAAAAGCUGGGUUUUCCCACAUUGUUCCCGCGGAGCCCGAGUGGGUGAGAGCAAACCGAGCAAAGAAUGCAAGUCAAGCACAGGAUAUGUGCUCCAGGCAGCUUUUGAGGAGUAUAUCUUAUGAACAAUUGUCAAAUGAACCACACAAAUACAAUAACUACCCUCAGUGAAAUAUAUGCACUUUGAGGCAUUCCAACUGUAACAACUGGCAAAAUGAGGUUUUUAGAGCUGGUUUUUCCAUACAUAGUUCUGAUGCUGGAUUUGUAAAUUUGAAUGCAUACAAGAGGAAUAUGACUCACAAGUGUUAGGUGAAAUACAAGUAUUUGGGGAAGAUUUUGCAGUGUUUUCCCCAUGGAAAACUGUAAAUGUAUUUCUAAGCUAGAGUUAAUGAAUCAAAAGAUGAAUGUAUUGAGGUUUAUAUGUUA